CCCACAAUCCCCCGCGCCGCUUGCUGGGAAGGUGACAGGGGACGGUAAACAUGGCCUCUGCCUUUCUUACUCACCACCAAAAGGUGUUGCGGCUUUACAAGAAAUCACUAAGACACCUUGAGUCGUGGAGCGACAACAGACACGAUUACCGGUUCCAUGCCUGCAUUCUACGGGGUCGCUUCGAUGACAACAUAGCAGAGAAGGACCUGGUGAAGGCCACCAUGCUGCUGAAGACAGGAGAGGAGGAGUUCUGGACAAAACAGCACCCCUCCCCCUACAUUUUCCCCGACUCCCCCGGAGGGACGUCCUACGAGAGAUACGAGUGCUACAAGCUCCCUGAGUGGGUUCUGGAACACUGGCACCCCUCAGAGAAGGCUGCGUACCCAGACUACUUCUCUAAGAGAGAGCAGUGGAAGAAACUGAGGCUGGAGAGCUGGGACAAAGAGAUCACCCAGUUGCAGCUCGAGGCUGAAGACGGCGGCCCCAAGACUGAAGCCCUCCCCCCCGCCCGCAUAGAUGGAGACCUCCCCCCUCUGUGGUGGCAGAUCGUCACCCGCCCCAGGGCACAAGGCGCAUAAACCCCCUCCACCUCCUCCUCCUGGGUGGAAAGCCAUCAUCGCCAUCUGAACUGAAAGAUUUGUAGUCUUCACCUUCAGGUUGCCGAGGAAACAACCUGUCUGAAUUUACUCUGAUCCUUCAGUAGUCAGUUAAAGGAGGUUUGUGAAUGUUGGUCUUGUAGAUGCAUCAAUUAAAACCUGUAACUGUUCCAAUAAAUAUAUAUAUAUAAUGUAAA